AUGCAGAGCAGCCGCUCAUGCUUGCAGACAUACCCUGCUCAGGUGCAGCAAGGGCUACUUUGGAUAUGGCCGGAGAGCGGUGCAGAUGCCUGGUUGGAGGCAUCAGCAACAUCGCCAGACACUGUGCCUGAGAUGGUGGACCCAUCCUAUGCUGGAUCACAGGGCGGAUUUGCCUUCAUGGAGAACCCCGCUUCACUUGCCAUUAUGCUGGUCAUCUCAAAGCGGGAAGAUGCAGCACCAAUGCAGAUGAAGCUGGCAAGCGAUAUAGAUCCUCAGAAGGGGUUUGUGCUCGAGCACGGCGGCUACAGCAAAUCCCAGCAAAAGAACAACAUGAAGGCCAAGCGGUACUACGUUCCUCCCUGCACAAUCAGAACACACUAUACAUACGAAUCUGGGCGUGAGGACAUGACAACUUUGUACCUGGUCCCUGUGGCGCCCGGUGUGACAAGGGCCUACAACAAGGUGGUGGUCAAGGGGGUCCCAAACACCUCCAAGAAGAUCUUCAACUUCCUGGCCAAGAACCUGUUGUCUUCGGGCUUCUUCCAUGCCUUUGGCCAUGGCUUGAUUGACCAGGACAUGAAUGUCCUGCACAGUCAGGAGCGCAAGGUUGCACAGAAGCAGCGCGGCUGGCGCGAUUACUACCUCGCCACACAGUCAGACACUGGCGUGUCAGCCUUCUGGCGCUGGCUAAGCACCCAUGCAGGGGGUGAUGUCAGCUUCUCAGAUGGUGUCUCCGCGGACCUGCCCGCGCAGAAGAGCAAUGAGGAGUUGUUGAAUCACUAUGAGCGGCACACCAAAUACUGCCCAGCGUGCCAGAAGGCAGUGAGGAGGCUGGAUCAGGCACUGGCUGCCCUGUUGGCGGCAGGUGGGCUGGCAGCUGCGGCUGCAUUUCUGGCAGUGCCCGCAUCUGCAGGAUGGCAGGCAUUCGGAGUCUUUAUCCAGGGGCGCAUUCUGCUUGGAGUGUUGGCAGUCUGCCUCCUGUACCUGCGGAGGCCGCUGCAGGCCUUCAGGCAGCGCUUCUUCUCUGCUGAGCAAGUGAUUGGCUGA